AUGUCAUGCAGCUGCCUUGGUAUAAAACUGACCUCCUCCCGGCUUUUCCCUUCCCGUGCGAGAUUCCCUCACUUUAAUUCAAACUUCAAAUCAUGUCUUACGCUGACGCUGCCGCCUCUGGCCCUAAGCAGGCCCCCGAAGAUCCGCGCCCCCCCCGUCGGCGGAGUCUACCACGAUGAAUCCGAGAGCACAGCUUCUCUGAUCGACGUCGAUGGACCCCACAUCCAGACCGUCGAAGCCGACUUCCUCGAGCAGGAUGUGCAAACCAACACUCAAGCCGAACGCAUAGAGCGCGAGGCUGAGGAGAAGGAGAAGCGCAAGCGCGAAGAGUCAGAGAAGAAGGCCAAGGCCCGCAAGUCGAAGACCAGCGGUAUCAGCAACAACACCACCAACCCUGUCUUCCUCGCCAACGCCGCUAUCGCAACCCUGGUUGGCGCCGGUCUGGGCUUCGGUGCUUACAAGCAACAUGCGCGCGGGAACCUUUCUUGGGAGCUAGUUGGCCUGUCCGCUGGAGCUGUUGGUGCCUUCGGUGUCGUGGACUACUUCGUGAGCAAGUGGUUCUUGCAGAACAAGUUCCCUUCCAAAUAG